AUGUUAGAAGGUAAAUUUGACGAAGCUAGUCUUUUGAAGAAGGUCAUUGAUUCCAUCAAGGACUCUGUUAAACUCUGUAACUUCAAUUGCUCUCAAGCAGAUGGUAUCACAGUACAAGCCAUUGAUGAUUCUAGAGUUCUUCUAAUUGCUCUUAAGAUGGAUCCAGGAUGUUUCCAAGAAUUCAGAUGUGAUAGAGAACUGGUUCUUGGUUUAGAUUUGGAAUCUUUGAGUAAGAUAUUAAAGCAGGGUAACAACGAGGAUUUCUUGAGUUUGCUCGCCGAAGACAACCCAGACUCGUUGCUUAUUGUCUUUGAGGACAAAAAGAAGGACAGAAUAUCUGAAUUCUCCCUUAAGUUGAUGGACAUUGAUUCUGAUUCCUUGGCAAUCGAUGAAAUGGAAAACGACUGUUCUAUUACAAUGCCUGCAGCAGAGUUUGCCAAAGUUGCAAGGGAUUUCAAAACUAUGAGUGAAUCUCUAAACAUAGUCGUUACAAAGGAAUCAGUUAAAUUCAAGGCAGACGGUCAGAUCGGUUCAGGUAGUGUCAUCUUCAAACCCCACACUGACGUUGAGCAUCCAGAACAGAGUAUCAAGGUCGACGUCAAUUCCCCAGUCGACCUCACGUUUGGUGCCAAGUACCUUAAUGAUAUCGUUAAGGCUUCUUCCCUCUCUCCUUCCAUCACCAUAAAGCUAACCGACAAGGCACCUGCACUAUUUGAAUUCAAAUUGCCUAGUGGGUUCUUAAGAUAUUACUUGGCUCCUAAGUUUGAGGAUGAUGAAUAA